ACGAAACUGCCAACGCUGUUUUUGAGGAAAUAUGUCAGAAUAUUUUUUUAAUGCAACAAUUACUCAUAAUCACUCAUUCUCCCACCAUGCAACAUCAGCGAUACUGUGGUGGCUUUGGAGCUUCCUGCUAACUGCGCGUAUAUUCGCAGAUCUCCACCGAGACAGCACACUACUGACAUGUAUGUUCGUUUGACAAAAAUGGUGGCGACUACCUGUUACAGAUCAGGUUAUGUGAUUGCGACCAAUAGGGGAGUCUCCGUGACGCGAGGAAACGCGCAGCUUCAAUAAAUACUGCUUUAAAUGGAGGCUCGAGAUUAGGCUUCGUCUUGCAGCGUAAAUGUAGCUAGCGUCAUAUCUUAUGUAAACUUUCUUUACAGUUGAUGAGGACACCAGAUCUCACAUAACAUGGAUAGAGAGUGGUUCAUUGGACAUGAGAGGAUUCCUUCAACAAAAUCUGAAGAGCAGAAGUCCAGCUCUUGCUGCAGCAUCUCAAGACCCUGCAUGACUGUCAACCUGACUGAAAUGCUCCGAGCUGACAAACCUAAUGCUGUGAAGAAGCCAAUUCCGAUCCGUCCCCCAAGCCCCAGAGUCUCUCAGAAAAAGGAGCAAGAGUUCCACCGCAGUUUGUCCUGCGAACCCACCCCUAAGCCCAUUAUCCGACGACGGUCACACUCUCUGCCCUCCGCCACAGAGAAGAAGAAGCAAUGCAGAAAUGUUGGUGUGCGGUUUGUUGACUCUUUGGGGGUUGAUCUGGAAGACAUCAGGCUUUUCAGAUCUGGGGAGGAUCCGUUUAUACCACAACAUGUUACCUUUAGGUUAUUGAUGAGUGCAGAGUUAGCAGAUGGAAGGCAUCUGGAGAUAUCCCUGCCAUACCUGAAGCCAGUUUUUGCCCAACAACCUGGAGACCAGCCAGAAUUCCUGCAUCGUCUCUAUGAGCAGAAAGUGUGUCUGGAGAGAGUCUUAUGUUUUGAACUGGGGGUUGUUGGAAUCACCCAGGUCCUAAAUUUGGACUUUGAGAAAGAUGUCACAGCUCGGUAUUCAUUUACAGAGUGGAAGAGCUGCGCAGAAACUAAGGCCUCUUGGGUGUCCACCAUCACCAAGACUUGGGAAGGAGGAGGGGGGCAACUUAAUUGUGAUACAUUUCGGUUUCACCUGCCUGUUCCACCAUUCCUGCAGCCUGGGGCAGUGUUACAGUUUGCCAUCCAGUACAAAGUCUGUGGGGCUGAAUACUGGGACAACAAUAAUGGAGAGAAUUAUAAGUUAGUGUGCCAUAACUACAAGCUGACUGUGCCCAAAGAAUGUGAGGAUAGUAUGGUGCACUUUAUUUAGGAUGCUGACUAAAGGUAGAAGAGCACUUAUAUGAUGACUGUCAGCUAGGCUUGUUUAAAAUGUAUAACCACACUGUAACACAUGAUUUUGUUAGACUAGUGCUAACAGUUUUCUUUGUUCAAGAUAAACCUUUAACUCUGGACCUUCUUUGCCAGAGUGAUAUUAGCAAAUGCUAGUGCACUUAUAUCUGAUGCCAAAUUUAGUGCCACUUUUAUGUUUAAAAAAUGCACUGUAUUGUUUGAUUUUCCUAGCUCUUUCAAGAAAUUGCACUUUAAUGUGGGACCCUCCAAUGGAAGUGAUACCCACCAAGCAUUACUUAAAUAUGCUGUAAAACUGAAAUUAAUGCACAUUCUUCCAGUUGCGUCUUUGACAUAGAAAAUUGUUUUAUACACAAGAGUUUGGUCUGCUGAACCAUUUUUCUCUGUAUUCAGAGUUUAUUUUUGAGUCAAAAGUUAGCAAACCAAAUAUUCAGACCAUGCAAUCAGGCACAAGUCGAAUACCUUUUAUUGAAACAAAAUGAAUGCUUAUUUUGUUAUAUAAUAAAGCACAAUUGCUACA